AGCGUGAGGAGCGCCGAAGGACACGGCGGGAGCUGCAGGAAGAGGACAUUUUGUUGGGCGAGCGGCCGCGAGGGCUGCCGGCUGCUCGGGCCAUUAAACGCGUCUACAAGAUGUCACCCGAAACUUCACUGAAGGAAUUCAAAGAGUACGCCAAGGAGUUCAUUACUUCCCUCCUUCAGGAUGCGAAUCUCGUCGUUCUAACGGAUGAUCUCGUGGAUACCCUUCCGGCGCCACCAGAGCCAACAUCGAAGAAGAAGCGUGUGGCUUCUCUUCAUCAACCACCAAACCAUUGUUGGGUUACCGUCUGUGAGGUGCACGCGAACGUUGCGAAGGGUGAGCCAGCACCCCCCGACGGCUUUGACAGGUCUGUUCAAAUCAAGAAGUUCGAGAGUAUUUUGUAUGUCCACACAAAGCCGGAAGCCGCCGGAACAAGAACGAUUGAUGUUAUGAAUCAGCGCAUGUCUAUAAACAUAUAUGAGCUGGACCGUGCCUUUCCAUCAACGACGAGCGCCAUUGAUGUUUGUAACGUGGACACUUCAUUUCUGAAUGCUUAUGAAACGGCAAGAGAGACUUUAAAACAACGUACGGAUGCCAUUGCACGGGCACCUGCAAACGAAACACUCAUCACGGUACUGCGGGAGGCACUUUCACCAAUGGGGAUCACACCUCCGGGCGCAUAUGUGAAGGAAAUUAUUGCCGUCAUGGGCAACAACAAAGAUGUUAUUGAUGCGGUCAAGUUACUUAGCACGACUGCGCGGAAAAAAUUGUCGGUGUGCGAAAAGCAAGGCGUACUCUUAACGCGUCCCGAAGAGUACGCACUUGUAUUGAAGGCCGUGACGGAUAUCGAGUGCUGCCUUAUUGCCAUGGAGGAUGCACCCCGUGAGCAAGAUGAGUAA